CUGGAAAGUUAUUGAUUCAUUCAUGGCUAUUACUAUAUAACGAUAUGAUGUUGUUUCUCUCUGUGAUAUUUUGCUCUUUGAGUGUCCUCGCAGCCCCUUUUGAGGACAUCGUUGCCAUCGAGGCUAAGCUCCACUCACCGAUACCCCUAGGUCUCGACCUGUUACUCAACACCCGAGCAUUGCCAACCGGAACAUGUAAUGCUCAGACACCUUGUGAAAAUGCCGCCUGUUGUGGUGGAAAUAACAACAACCUCUGUGGAUAUUCUCCGGGAGAAUGCGGUGCUGGCAACUGCACAUCUAACUGUGAUGCUAAAGCUGAAUGUGGGCAAUAUGGUAAAACCGGCCAGCAGAACUGUCCACUGGAUGUGUGCUGUUCCAAGUUUGGAAGAUUGACACGAAGCGCCAGGUUUUGCGGAUCGACAAACGACUUCUGUGGUAGCGGUUGCCAGAGCGGUUUCGGAGGCUGUGGCGAUGUCCACCGACCGUCUUGUGGUGGCAACUCUAUCGCCAAGCGCACUAUAGGGUAUUAUGAAUCAUGGGCUGCCACCCGCAAGUGUCAAGCCGUGAUGCCUGAGGAUUUGAACUUGAACGGAUUCACGCAUAUCAACUUUGCUUUCGCCUUUUUCGAUCCGCAGUCUUUCCAGAUAGCCCCGAUGGACAGCAACAGCGGCUCACUUCUCGGACGCUUCACGGCGCUCAAAGAUACCCAUAACGGACUCCAGGCCUGGAUCUCUGUGGGAGGCUGGUCCUUUACAGACCCAGGUCCCACACGUUCCUCAUUCAGUGACAUGACUAGUUCCGCCGGUAAUCGCCAAAAGUUCAUCAACGGCCUCAUCAGCUUCAUGGAGCACUAUGGCUUUGACGGUGUGGACUUGGACUGGGAAUAUCCCCAGGCAGAUGACCGAGGCGGCCUUACAGCCGACAAAGCCAAUUAUGUUAGUCUGGUGAAGGAGUUGAGAGCUGCGUUUGGCACCGGAUAUGGUAUAUCCAUGACCUUGCCAACGUCCUACUGGUAUCUUCAGCAUUUCGAUUUGUCUGCUAUUCAGUCCAACGUAGACUGGUUCAAUUUCAUGGCCUAUGACCUGCACGGUGUUUGGGACGCUCAAUCCAAAGCUCUUGGACCAAAUCUCGCGACUCAUACCAACAUCACGGAGAUUGACUUGGGGCUUGAUUUACUUUGGCGUGCUGGUGUAGAGCCCGACAAGGUGGUACUUGGUCUCGGUUGGUACGGCAGAAGUUUCACUCUCUCAGAUCCUUCCUGCAAUACUCCCAAUGGCGUGUGCCAGUUUUCUGGAGGCGCCAAUGCAGGCCCUUGCUCAGACGCUAGUGGUAUUUUGACUUUGCAGGAGAUCAAAGAUGUGAUUGCUUCUAAGAACGCCAAUCCAGUCUGGGAUAAAGCUGCUGGUGUGAAAUGGAUAACAUGGGAUAACAACCAGUGGAUCUCGUAUGACGAUGAUGAUACAUUUGACCAGAAGCGCAAAUUCGCAAACUCUCGGUGUCUUGGAGGUAGUAUGGUUUGGGCGAUUGACCAAAUUGAUCAAAAGGCAGACAAUGGUCUAGCACCUGCCCCAGGAGUCACGACGCAAGAUCAAGAAGACGCCAAACAGAAAAGUGACGACCUCGCUGCAGGUAUCACUUGCUACACGACCGACUGUAGUCAGAAAUGCAAGAAAGGAACUAACCAAGUUGCACAAAUGAACGGACAGCCGGGCAAGUUGUCCACUAACGAUCGCUGUAAGCCCAACGAGUACCGUUCCCUUUGUUGCGAUGACGGCACCCGUAUGGGGACCUGCCAGUGGCGUGGCUACCGUGGUAUCGGGCUCUCGUGCAUGGGCGGGUGCGACGACGGUGAGACCGAAGUCGUCCAAGACACCAAUAGCCACGAUAAGAAAUCAGGAGACCGGACAUGUACUGGUGGCCUUCAAAGCUUCUGUUGUAAGGGCUUCAAGCCAGCACCAUCCGGCAGCGAUCUCAAAGACAAAGCUGAAGAUGCGGCGAAGGAUGCAGCUGAGGCCGCUGCAGAGCAGGCCGCCUUGGACAUUGCAGCUAAGGCUUUCUGCCGGAUUGCGAUUCCUGCUUUACUUGCGCCUUUGGAAGCUCUUGAAGCUCUGAUUCCAAUCUUUGGUGAAAUUGCGGAUAUUGCUGAGAUCGCCGCUACACCCGCUUUGAUCCAACUUUGCAUUAAGGGAGUCGAAAAGGAAGGCCAAGCUGUUUUCAAAGUAUUUGGCAAGAAGCAUACAAUUUCUUUCGAUAAACCAACCGCGACACGACAAUCUCGGCCACCAGAGUCAAGCCAUGUGAGUACCCCCCAUCACCGUAAUGAACGUUGA